AUGUGCUGGGUCAACGUUUUGAACCCUUGCACCGGAGAAUUCUUAAGAUUCCCUUCCGGCCCAAAUCCAGUAGAUACCAGUCGCUAUGAUAAUCAUCGCGUAAUUGAAGGAGCAUCUUGGUUGGCUUAUUACCCUGGAUAUUGGGCCAUGGGAUUUGGUAAAGACAAAGUUAAUGGAACCUAUAAAAUAGUGAGGAUGUUUUAUGAUACUAACCAAUUCGAAAUCCUUGAUUUAACAAUUGGUGAAUGGCGGACAAUGCCGAAUCCGCUUCCUUACUAUGUCCAACCAAAUCAUCAUUCGGCCUUUGUGAAUGGGUCCAUCUACUGGUACGACCUAGUUACUGGUUACAAGAUUCUAGCUUUGGAUCUUCACACUGAACAGUUCCGUGAUUCUAAAACUUACAAAAUACGUUUACUCCCUGGAUAUCUUUGCCCCAACUAUUCGAUGAUGAAUUGCAUUCCAAUAACGGUUUCCAAACAAGGGAAUGUUUACUUCCAUGACAGCGAUAAGCGGUUGCUCAAAUAUAAUCCAAAGACUCAUGAAGUCUGUUGUGUAGCUAAACACAUCAAUGUUUUAUUUCCUUUUGUUGAAAAUAUGAUCCGACUUCGACAUCCGAAAACCACCAUGACAUAUCCACCCGGGUUUCAGUAUGCAGACUCUUGGAUAUCUAAAUUUUGUAGACGGAUAGAAUUACCUAUUUUGCUUAGCACGACUGUUGUUGCUCUUGUAAUUUUUCGUUUUUCUUCUAGUUCGUCUAGGUCUUAG